AGCCAGGAGCAGAGGCGGCGGGGAGCCGCUGCGCCCUUGCCUCCGCCCUCUCGCUCUCUCUCCCCUGAGCGGGCUGUACAAUCCUCGGCAGUGUCCUGAGACUGUAUGGUCAGCUCAGGGGCGGCUCGACGGCGUCCUCCUCUUCCUCCGCCGCCCCCACCAAGCCAGCCCAUCCGACGGCAAGAGCGCGGAGGGAAAAAGCGCCAAGAGCGCAACUGAUCUCUGUCCUCUCCAAGCUCGACGCGCGCUCUCUUUCUCUCCUGCGCCCGGACAUCUUCGCGGAGCCAAGCAAGGAUCCCGACGGACGGGAAGCCCCUUCCUCUCGGGGGACCAAGCGUGUCAGCAUCCCAGCAAGCAGCAGCCCCGCUUCCCAGGAUGACAGCCGAGAAGGAAAAGAAGAGGAGCAGCUCUGAAAGGAGGAAGGAGAAGUCCAGGGAUGCAGCAAGGUGCAGAAGAAGCAAAGAGACUGAGGUUUUCUAUGAGCUGGCCCAUGAACUCCCUUUGCCUCACAAUAUCAGUUCACACCUGGACAAAGCGUCCAUCAUGCGUCUUGCAAUCAGUUUCUUGCGGACACACAAGCUCUUGUCUUCAGUCUGCACUGAAAACAAGAGAGAAAUUGAGUCAGAUCAGCAGAUGGACAACUUGUACCUGAAAGCUUUGGAGGGAUUUAUCACUGUCAUCACACAAGAUGGAGACAUGAUCUUUUUGUCAGAGAACAUCAGCAAAUACAUGGGCUUGACGCAGGUGGAAUUGACUGGGCACAGCAUUUUUGACUUCACUCACCCGUGUGAUCAUGAGGAAAUUCGAGAAAACCUGAGCUUGAAGAAUGGUCCAGGCUUUGGGAAAAAAAACAAAGAGAUGUCCAUGGAACGUGACUUCUUCAUGAGGAUGAAAUGCACUGUUACCAACAGAGGCAGAACUGUAAAUCUCAAAUCUGCCACAUGGAAGGUUUUGCACUGCACUGGACAAAUUAAAGUCUACAAUACUUGCCCUCCUCAUGCUCUGUGUGGUUAUAAGGAGCCUCUCCUGUCCUGCCUUGUAUUAAUGUGUGAACCUAUUCAGCAUCCCUCCAAUACUGACAUCCCACUGGAUAGUAAGACCUUCUUGAGCCGUCAUAGCAUGGACAUGAAAUUCACCUACUGUGAUGACAGGAUAACUGAAUUAGUGGGAUAUCAUCCUGAUGAGCUGCUUGGCCGAUCCGCAUAUGAAUUCUACCAUGCACUGGACUCUGAGAAUAUGACGAAAAGCCAUCAGAACUUGUGUGCAAAAGGUCAAGUCGUCACUGGACAGUACCGCAUGCUUGCGAAGCAUGGUGGAUAUGUGUGGCUGGAGACUCAAGGAACAGUCAUUUACAAUACACGCAACCUGCAGCCUCAGUGUAUCAUCUGUGUCAACUAUGUUCUGAGUGAAAUCGAGAACAAUGAUAUCGUGUUCUCCAUGGAUCAAACAGAAUCACUGUUCAAGCCUCGCAUGAUGGCAAUGAAUUCAGUGUAUGACAAUGGUAUCCCAGUGACAGAUAAGAGUGAUUUCUUGUUCACCAAACUGAAGGAAGAACCAGAAGAACUUGCGCAGUUGGCACCAACACCAGGAGAUGCUAUUAUAUCUCUUGACUUUGGGACACAGAAGUUUGAGGAAAUCUCUACCUACAACAAAGCUGUGAUGACCCCAAACAAGCCGUGGCCUCCUGAAGCAAAGAGCCAGGCACCUCAGGCGGAAAAGCUGAGUGUGCCGUCAUUUACCUUGCCCCAGGUUGCACCUGGCAGUACCACCCCCAGCGCAAGCAGCAACAGCAGCUGUUCCACUCCAAGUAGCCCAGGAGACUACUACACGUCCUUAGAUGAAGACCUGAAGAUUGAGAUGAUCGAGAAGCUUUUUGCCAUGGACACAAAUGCCAAGAAUCAGUGCAGCUCACAGACUGACUUCAAUGAACUGGACCUUGAAACCUUGGCACCUUAUAUUCCCAUGGAUGGAGAAGAUUUCCAGCUGAGUCCAAUCUGUCAAGAGGAGCGCCCACUCUCCGAAAAUGCCCAGCUCACUCAGCAGAGUUUAAGUAACAUGAACAGCCUCUUCCAGCCCCUGGCUCCUCCUGCACAGAACCAGUUCCUCUUGGAGAAAUAUUGCCCCCAGAUGUCAGACAAGAACAUAAACACAGGUCAAGGGACUCUGCCACCAGCAUUCUUCAACAAUGGGAACCAGUCAGCCUCCUUGUUGCCCUACUAUGCGCAAGCCACCACUCCGCUGUCUUCAAUGGGUGGGAGACCAAACACACAGUGGCCACCUGACCCGCCAUUACAAUACACCCCUACCAAAUGGAGAGUUAUGGGCAACAAGAUCUCCAGAUCCAUGGCUAGCACUCCAUCAGGGCCACCACUGCAUUUGCCAAAUGUGAAUCUAUAUAAGAAAAGGUCAUUGGAGAGUUUUGGCCAGCGAGGCAUAGAUAUAAAUCCUGCUCGGAUUGCUCUCGCCAACAGUUUGAAGCUGAAGCGGCACCUGGAAUAUGAAGAACAAGCUUUUCAGCACCUGAAUGGGCCACAAGGAGACACAUCUGGCAUUAAUCCAACCCACUUAAUGUGGAAAAGGAUGAAAAUUCUCAGAGGUGAAAACUGUGCACUGCUCACAGAAAAGAAGUCACUCAGCACAAGUGUCCUUAACGAUGAAUUUCUUUGUAACCCACAAAGAGGUCCAGGACAACCAGUGAACAUGGUGCAUCAGCAGCAACCACAGCAUCCUCCACCUUCCUCUGGAAACUCUGCUAACAACCCCAAAGCCAUCUUCUCCCCCAACUUUUAUAAUCCCCCUUAUCAGGACUUCAGUGUGCCACAAGCUCAUAGGAUGUCGGGAAUGACAAGUCGUCUGCUUGGCUCAUCGUUUGAACCUUAUUUGUUGCCAGAGUUGACCCGAUAUGACUGUGAGGUUAACGUCCCGAUGGUGGGCAGCUCCAUGCUUCUGCAAGGAAGUGAUUUGCUUCGAGCUCUGGACCAAGCGACCUGAGCCAACCCUGUGGCUUUCCCUGGCCUAUACUGUUCAAAACAGCUGCAGUUUUAAAAUCUAUUUUUGCAAGUAGACAAUUUCUAAUACUGAUUACACUUUUACAAGAUUUUACUUACCUAUUGAACUUGUCCACGUUACCAAAUAGUGGCCUUUCUGUGAAGUUACUCACUUUCUUAUUCGUAUUAAAAGAAAUAUGCAUCUACUGUAUUUUCCCCUCUUCUAUUUCGAUAAAGCGUUUCUUAGAAAAAAAUUAUAUUAUAUGAUUCCCCUUGUGUGUAAUUUAUAUGAAACUUCCUCAGUAUUCAUGCUAAUAAUAAAAAGCUAUGAUGUGCUAAUGCCUCUAUGUAAUACUUUGGCUCCAUUUAUUGCGAAGAUUUUUUUUUAUUUUUGCCAAAGAUGAGUGAAAUGAACCAAUCUUUUUCCUAAUUUUGUUGGUAGUGUUGUAUUCUGAGAAAAUAUACACAUUGCUUGUCCCUAGUGUCUCUGAAUGUUCUUGGAGCAAAGAAAUGUAGUCGAUAGUCAUCUUAAUGAUUUUAAAAGCAACAAAAUUUUCUGAGCCCACCUUCUCUCUCUGCAACAUGCCAAAAUUAUGGUGAUUUUGGGUGGACACUGUGCAAAUUAUAUGUUAUUGGAUCACAAAUCUCAUACUUGGUCCUGCGUCUUUCUCUGAUGUAAAUGAAACUCAACUGCAUGGAUUGCAACCAGCAGUGUAGGAUUAAUUUUUCUAAAUAUAUAGAAUGAACCAUGAAGCAAGUGUGAGAUCUGGACAAUGUGCCCUUUAGUAUUCUCUGUAAUUUGAUUUUUGGGUGUAACUCACAAAUCAUGUAGUAUGCUGUCUGGUAAUAUAUAGUCGUCCUUCCACAUUUGUGGUUUUGACUUUUGCUGAUUUGAUUAACCAAUUUGAUUAACUAUGUCCUCUUUAGAAAUAUCUAGGUCUUCUAGUGGGACUCCAUUUUCAAUUUCCUUCAGUCGUGUUGGAGAACCUAGAGAUUUCUUGAGAGAAUAUCUCUCUAGGAAAUUCUAGGUCUUCCAAUGCAAUUUUAUGGUCAGCUCCAGCACAAGUUGGCCAUAGUUUCAUGUUGAGAUCUAGAAAUGUGUUCUCUCAGGUAAAAAACAAAAAACAAAAGUUUCUUUACUCAUUUUCAUGGGGGGUCCCUUAACUCCAGCGGACAUGAAGGGCUGAAUGUAUGUCUUCUUCUGGCCAGGAUUUGAGGAUUGGUGAGUUUUUCCUUCUAGCAGAAGAACCAAAGCUACCAGGCAAAUAACUCCUACUAUUUGGAUUUUGCAAUAACAAGGUGUUUUUCUACUAGGCCAUAUCCAAUGCCCAAGAUCUCAGUAUUCUUUUGUUUCAAACCGAUGGAGUGGUUGCUGCCAUUUUAGAUUUAGAGCAUGGUACUGCAAAAUAAUCGAAGAAGGCAGACAACACUUCUCAUUUCAGUCAGUGCCACCCUCCUAUAACCUCUCCAAUUAUGGAAGGAGUGUGAAAACAAAGUUGAAAAGAGUAGAAAGAAUUAUUAACACUGUUUUAAUUGUCCUUUUAAAAAGUAUUCAAAGUAUAACUGAUCCUUUGAUGCUUUUCUCCAAGUUAAAUAUUUGUAUUGGUACUUUGCUAUACCUGUUAAGGCAUGGUCACAACACUAUGUAGUGUCUUUAGAAACUGUUUUAUUUGCAGCUGGUAAUUUUAUGAUGCUGUUUCUGACAUCGUGGGAUUAGUCCAAAGAGCUAAUUAAUUGCUUGUUAAGUUUUAUUUUCCUCCCCAGCCAGUUAUAGCAAUAUCCCUGCACUACUGAAUUUUGCUAAGAAGUAAAUUUAAAUAUAUUUGGUUGCCAUCUUAUUAUACUGGGGGGAAAUCAAAUUUUAUAGGCUCUAGAGCCAUUGAGUGGGAGGAUUGUUACUGGUCAUUUUAGCUUACUUUUUAAUUGUUGAUAGCUUUUUGAGUGCAAAUCGUCUUUCGCUAGGUCAUUAGAAGGGCAACCUGAACUUUCAGAAACACUGUGUUGGUGCUCAGGAAUUUAUUUCAGUGGAAGGAGUUCAUGUCAUUCCAUGCAAUAUUGCUUGCCUUUACCAGGCACACUUAUCUAUUCAAUCCAGCAAUAAUAUAGUUUAAGGACCUGGGGUUUGUGUGUAGAUUCUAUAAUAUUUAUUAAAGCUUAGCACUUCAGUGGGAAGAGCAAGAUUGGGAAAGGCAAAUUCAGAGCAAGGGGAAAUAUGACGCUGUCAGGCCUCGUACUGAAAUCUGCAGAGCUUGCUACAUAGCUUUUUAACCAAGUAAUUAUUUAGAAUUGUAGUUCACAAACCUGGAAAUUUUAGUUUCAAAUUCAAAAUAAUUUCCCCAUUUUCCAAAGUAAUUGUAAUAGUAACUAUAGCUAUGUCUAUGCUUUUUUAAUCCAGUUUUAUGGAGCACAGAAAUUUUCUCCUCUACCAUUUGAGGUAGCCAAAUCCUGCAUAUAGGAAAGUAACUAAAAUUAACCCUUAACUCCACAAGAGGCAUUAUUCUUGUUAAAUUAUGCAGUUGGCCUUCCAUAUCCACAGAUUCUGUAACCAUGGGUUCAACCAUCCAUGACUUAAAAAUUUAAGUCCAAAAAACACCAAAAAACCAAACCUUGAUUUUGCCAUUUUAUAUAAGGGAUACUAUUUUACUACUCCAUUGUACAAAAUGGCACUUGACCAUCCAUGGAUUUUGUGCCCAUGGGAGGUCCUGGAACCAGUCCCCAGCAGAUACCACUAUCUUCCACUGUCUAGUCACAGUGGAAGAUAGUUAAAAUUUAACUGUAGGACAGGUGUCUGACUCAAUUCUCUGGGUGUGUCGGACUGCAACUCCUAGCAUUCCUCAUCAUUGGCUAUUCCAGUCUUUCUCAAUCUGUGGGUCCCCAGGUGUUUUGGCCUACAACUCCCAGAAAUCCCAGCCAGUUUACCACUGGGCUAUUCCAUUUACGCCUUCUGGAAACUGCAGUCCAGUGAUUUCCACAAGGCCAUAUAAUCUAAGAAGAGUGCCCAUUUCCAAGCUCCAACCAAAAUGCCAAUACUCACAGGUACAUGGCACUGGUGUCAUAUGCUGAAACCAAUACUUCAGUUUGGAUGCUGCAUUCCCAUGUGGACAUGAUCCAGCCAAAAGUAAGCACUAACUGAGUGUUAAGGCAUUUCUUGAACCUUUCCCAUUUUGAAUGAAUGGGAAUUGGAGUAGCUUAUCGGUAACUCCUGUUUGAAGAAUAAGGGGAUGUAAUUCCAGAGAGGGCUGCUCAUAAAAGCUAUGAUAUAAGGAAAGGACUGUGAGAAAAAGUGUUCAAGAAUCUUUUAUGUUCAGCAGUCUUUCCUUCAAAAUCCACAACAAGUUUUUUGUUCCAUUUGCUCAUAUUUUGAUGUUAUAGUUCUCAUGAUUACAAGAGUGAAAGAUGAAGGAAAAAGAGGGACAAUUUCAUGUCUGCUUUCUAGAAUCCUUUCAGCUCAGUGUCCACAGCUUUUCACUUAGAAAACAGUUGUGGUUCCUGGAUGAGCUCUUCUUUAGCCUCCAAAUAUCACCCCUCCAAAUGUUAUGGCCUGCAACUCCUAGCCAAAAUAGCCAAUCAUGAAGAGUGGUAGAUUUGUAGUCCAUAUUGGAGGGCCAUACUUUUUUCACUUGUACAAUAAACCCUGCACAUGUUUGGAUAGUAUCCUAAUUCUGGUUGUUAAGUCAAUCAGAGAAACUCCUCCAAAUCAAUUGGAUUUACCUAUUUUGGAGUCUCGCCACGUAAAAUUGAUUUAAUUGGUAGAUCUCAUCUACUUGGGACUAAUCAGCAGGAUUCCAAUGAAUACAUCUCUUAGCAGCAAACUCCAGAUAGUCCAGCCAGAGUUUGUGCAGAAUUACUAGUCCAUAUCUGCCAUAGGAUACAAAGCUCAGGAAGAUUAUGCAGAUCGUGUUUUUAGAAUUAGGAGCCACCGCACUUCUAAGCUGAUUUUUAAGUGAUAGUAUAUUGUCUUCUGUGCCUUCAAGUCAUUUAUGGCUUAUAGAUAGCAUAACAGGACCUAUCAUCCAGUUUGUAUUGGCAAGAUUUUUUCAGAGGGGAGUCGCCUGAGGGUGCAUCUGCACUACAGAAAUAAUGCAGUGUGACUCCAUUUUAACUGACGGAGCUCAAUGCUAAGGAAUCAUGGGAGCUGAAUGGUAAUAACUGUGAAUGACUGGGAAGAGGCAUGGACUCUGGGCAGAUCAAGACCUUCAGUAUGCCAAAUGAAGCCCAUUGUUCUGUUCUUUUCUGUUGAAGAGAAGUUAAUAGGAACACAAGAAGUUGGUUUUGACCAUUGGCCCAUCUAGUCCAAUAUUAGAAGCUCUGACAGGCUGUAGCAGUAUUCUAGUAUUUGAAGAAGAAUCCUUUCCUAGUCCUAGUCCUUGAUGAACUCCCAUGUAAGCAUUUACCAGGCCUGACUCUUAUUUUGAAAUUAGAGAAGAUCAGUCCUUUGAAGGAGUGGUAUGAUGGGUCCUCUUUUUUUAAAUGAAGGGCACACUGGUGCCAGUGUUAAGAAUAUGUGAAAGCAGGGAAAAUAUAUUUGCAAAUGUGUAUCAUUAAGUAGCAUUGGUCAAAGAAUGGGUCCAAGCUUCCCAUGGAUUACAUUCAGCUGGGUUAAAAAUAUUGAUUGAUCCUUUUGGGUCAUACCUUGAGCUAACUUGAUAAUCUUAUAGCAAAGCUUUAGAAAAGAAGUGUUAAGUUAAAAUUGUCAGUUUUAGCCUGUCAUCUGCAAGCAGUUCGCUCAAAAGCAAUUCCAUUGAUUUCCAAUUGCUUCUCUAGAGUAAAUGAUCUGACGCAGAUGUGAUUGUGCUCAUGGCUGUGUACUAGAAGGCUUAAUGACACUUAAAUAUCGCUAUUUUAUCUGUAUUCUCUAUUUGUAGUUCCAGUGUUAAGAUGUACCCUAACCAUUUACUAAAACACACUGGGGAAGGGAGGUGGGGGUAAAAAAAAAGCAUUGUUAAAAAUAUUAACCAUAACUAUUAUGUUUUUCAUGCUCUCUAUAUUGUUGGAUUUCUUAUUGAUAAUCUUGUAACUCUAUGGGAACUUUUAACUUGAUAAGGAAAUGUAUUUUGACACUGAUACCUUAUUAAAGUAUACUGAUCCUUAAA